UACAUGAUUUUUUGAUGCCUAAUUUGUUUUGCUUUUUAUAAACCUAUUUGGGAUAAAUUAUAAACAUGAUGAAUUCUUUCCCUGAACAUGACAAAUGUCCCAAAGUUUGCACAGACAUUGGCGCUUUUAAAAAAGCUACCAAAACUCCUGAGAAAGCACAAGAAUUAAAGGCUGGUCAAAAUGCAGCAGUCACUUCAGCAGAAGAAGCAACUGCUGCUCAUAAUCCUGUAGAGGUAUCGGAAAUAUCUAAGCAUCCGCCGUCAGGCAAUGAAUAUCUUCCCAACUUAAAACCUGGUCAGGACGGAAAAGUGGAUUGGACACCUCUCGGCGAAAUGACAGGUACUAGACCUGCUGUUAAUAAAUACAGUAUAAGUAGAUACUCCCUCAGCGAAUGGCGCAAACAUAAUCAAGAGGUUCUUGAUCCUGAAAUUAUUACUGAAUCAAGUACCCUAGAAUAUAACGCUAAGACAUGUAUGAUGCAGGCUUUUGGUAAUAUUGAUAAACAACAAGGCGAAAACUUCAAACGGUUGAGACAGAAGGCGAGGGACAUUUUUAGAUGGAAAGUAGAAGUCGAAAGAGCGUGCAAGGCAAUCACUGAAGAAGUAGAGUUGCUUGAAAUAGAGAGGCAACGGUUGAAAGGAGCUUCUAGAGUGUUAAUGUUACCUGAAUCGAUAUCCAAAGAAUGUCUGGACCUUCGCUCUAAUAGAUAUCAACCUGAUCUAGUAGCAGACUUAGCAGAACAAGAACUUAUAAAAGAAAUGAACUUAGUUAGUGAAGUUAGGGCGACAUUAAAGAAUACCCUUAAUGAAAUUGAACAACAAAUGGCUGUGAAUAAAGCAGCAAAACACCGAAUAGAAUAUGACUGGUGUGACAAAACUAUGGCGUAUAACACAGAGGCAACCAACUUGAGUCUUGACACUAAGUCUAAUACUAUUAUGUUUAGACCGGGUUCAACACGAUUCAGUGAAUAUUCAGCUCCUUUAGAAUAUUGGGAGUUUUUCUGUAGAGAGAAUGUACAAAAUUGUGAAACUGCACGUCAAAAAUCCGCUGAUUUGCGUGGUAGCCUUAACAAUAUCUUAGUUAGCGGCGGAAGAAAGCUGCGUAACCAGGCAGAUAGAACCGACAUGGCAUUAGCAGAAACUGUCGCUUUAACCACAGAGCUUUGCACGAAACUGGAAGAUACUUUGAGGACUACUUUGCAAAGAAUUGCUGAUUUGGAGUCGUUGAUCGGUAAUUUGCAGGAUUCUGUUAAAAAAAUGGAUGCUGCAAUGAAGUUAGCCCAAACUAGACUAGAUAACAGAAACAAUUGGAGGCCGCACGGAGAAGCUGUAAGAGAUCAGCCUCAUCUUGGUUUGAUAGAAGAAGUUAAGAAGAUACACGAGACUGUUACAUCUUUACUAGGUCAAUUGAAUAAUGCAGAACGAGUAAGGAACGAUUUGCUUAAAAAGAGAAUUGCUUUGGAAAAGGAUAUAGCAUCGAAAAGAAAAACUUUGAACAUAGAUCGCGACAGAUGUGGUAUGGUGCGUUCCCACUAUCCUUCUGCUUCAGAACUGGCGGGGUACUAAACUGUUUGUUUACUUUAUGGUCGUUCAAUUUCAAUUGAAU